ACUCGGAAUCUUCAACCAAAACUUUUCCAUAGCAAACUGUCAAAAUUAGGCAUUUUCUCCUAGAGAGCAUUCAUACAAGCAACUUGUGCACCCUUUUUCCAUGGUGCAUCGUUCCGAAACUUUUUGGUGAGGUAUCUUUUUUUAUUCGCGAAUCACUAGGUUUCUUUCUUUCGAACGCGAACGCGAACUAUUUACCAUUUACGGAAGUCGGGAGUGUAAGCUCGAUUGUCAGGUCUGGUUUAUUUUAUUUUUAUUUUUCUAGCUUUGUACCCGGCCUCGUUAUCAGGGUAUAGCAUUUUUGUUUUUGGUUUCAUUCCUUUUUUUUUUUUUUUCAGCAUUCAUUGGUUUACCCUUUUCAUUACAUUGUGGUAACUUUUGGGUGAUUUCGGUUUUUUUUUCCUUCGUUUUAAAAGUUUGGGUCAUUCGUGGAUUGUCAUAUUCUUCAAAAUAGGUUUUUCUGGUGAUAUUACAAGUCAUUUCCUUUCUCGAUUCUAGAUUUUUGUCAACUUUUUGCUCGCAUCCAUUUGAAUCUCUACAUUCCUAUCAUGUACCAAUUUCAAAUAAAAGUACCAGCUUCCUCCGCAAAUAUUGGGCCCGGUUUUGAUGUGUUGGGAAUGUCCCUUGAGGUCUAUAUGACUUUGGACGUUCAAGUCGGUGAUGACAAGGGCGCCUGUGUUUUGUCUUAUGAGGGGGACGGUGCUAACGAAGUGCCCCUUGAUAUUCACAAAAAUAUGAUUUCCCAGACUGCUCUUUAUGUACUCCGAUGCCACGAUAUCCAUGAAUUCCCCUUAGCGGUAAAGAUUCAUGUUAAGAAUCCCAUUCCUUUGGGUCGUGGUAUGGGUUCCAGUGGUUCUGCUGCUAUUGCUGGCGUUUUGCUUGCCAAUGAGCUUGCUCAUUUAAAGUUAUCCAAACUUCAAAUGAUGGACUAUGUUCUCAUGAUCGAGCGUCAUCCUGACAACGUUAUGGCUUCCAUGAUGGGUGGCUUUGUCGGUUCUUUUCUUCGUGAGUUAUCGGAUGUUGAAAAAGAAGCUAUGAUUCCUUCUGCCAGUGAUCUCUUAACAAAUCAAGGAUUUUCAAGACCUCCGAAGGGUUUGGGAACGUAUGCAAAAUUACCAUGGGCCCCUGAGCUAAAGGCGCUUGUCGUCAUCCCUCAAUUUCACCUUUCUACCUCGAAAGCUCGAAGCGUCUUGCCUUCUUCGUAUACAAAGCCGGAUGUUAUCUACAAUCUUCAACGUUUAGCGCUUUUGACUACAGCGUUGGGACAAACCCCUAUUAAUGCUCAUCUUAUUCAUGAGGUAAUGAAGGAUAAGGUCCACCAACCAUAUCGUUCUCAGUUGAUUCCUGGACUACAAACGAUCCUUGCUCAGAUGACACCCGAAUCUCAACCAGGACUCUGCGGCAUUUGUCUUUCCGGGGCGGGUCCCACGAUCCUCGCCUUGGCUACUGAUAAUUACGAAGAAAUUGCCCAAAAGAUGCUUAUCAUUUUCAAGCAAAAUAAUGUCGACUGUAAUUACUUGGUUCUUUCACCUGCGUUCGAGGGUGCAUCUGUAACUUACUAGGGAAGCGUCGCCUCAUAUACCGAAAAUGGUAUGGUAUGCUUCAUGAAAAAGGUUCAAUCUUGGGGAAAAUUCUGUAAUUUUUUUUGUUACUUUCGUUACAGGUAUAUUUGAUAUAGAAGAAAUUUGUAUUUUGUUUUGUAUGUAAUUUAGUUGUAUGUUUCUGAUUGUUCACUUCUUGGG